AUGGGCAUAGUUCCAUGGAAGCAUGGAUUCAGUGGCGACAUAGAGACGUAUCGAAGACGGCAGAGAAAAAAGGCUGAAGUAGCAGAGAAGGUGCCUGCCCUAGAAGAACAGGUUGCUUCGAUCGAAGGUGCACUUACAGCUAGCCAACAGCAGCCACCAGAAGCCAGAUCAACGGCUCAGCUGGAGACUAGCCCCAUCGGCUCGCAGCGUCGUAGCAGCGUCGAUUCAACGGAAUACCCAGCCGCAGAUCGAGAGGAAGCGGUUGCGGAACAUUACCCCGUGGACGACAUCACCGUGAGGACCCCCUGUGAACUUCUAUAUCAGCUCAGGAAAAAACUGAAAGUAGUCGCUCACGGGGUUGCUGAAGUCCCCGUUCAAGGCAGGACAAUCCAUGGCAUGGCGAUCCCAGAAGGAUAUGUUAGAGUCAUGGUUGACCGUAUCGAGAAUGGAUGGGAAGACCUCGACCUGGAGAUCCCUGGAGGCUAUGGAGAAGAGGACAAAGGCGCCCAUGUGCGGGCGUCCUGCGACCUGAGGCUUGUCGACCAGCACACCGGGAUGUCGGCGUCGGAGCACACGACGGAGCCGAGGAUGUUCAGCUCCGGCGAGCUUAGCAUGUACGCUCCGCAGACAAGCCUGUUCAUGGAUCGGAGCAGCUUGGAGUCUUCCGCCUACCUCAAGGACGAUCACCUCACCAUCGAGUGCAUCGUCACCGUGUUUAGAGAUCCACAGGUGUCUGACACCAAAUCACGCCCUUGGAUUCAGGUGCCUGCAGCAUCGGAGAUCGGGGAGCAUCUCGGCAAGCUGCUGGAAGCAGGCCAUGGGGCAGACGUCACGUUCAGGGUAAGACGGCAGACGUUCAGGGCGCACAAGUCCCUGCUCGCCGUGCGAUCGCCGGUGUUCGAGGCGGAGUUCUGCGGGCCGAUGAAGGAGGCGACGGCGCAGCUCUUGAUCAUCAAAGGGAUAAACCCUGUUGUGUUCAGGACCCUUCUGCACUUCAUCUAUACCGACUCCUUGCCCGCCUUUGAUGAUCUUGAGAGAGGUGAACGCAGUGAAAUGAUUCGGCACUUGCUUGUGACUGCAGAUAGAUAUGCCAUGGACAGGUUGAAACUGAUAUGCCAAAGCAUACUCUGUGAAGAACUUGAUUUCAGAAAUAUGGAAAAAACGCUGGCUUUAGCUGACCGGUAUCACUGCGAUUUGCUGAAGGAAGCUUGCAUUGAGUUCAUCUCAUCUUCAAAAGUCAUUCUGAGUCUCAAAAGGAAGCAUUCUUGUGUCACCAGGGAUGCACUGGGAGCAUCAACUAUUACUAGUGAAAAAAGAAGGAAGAAGAGUAUUAAGUCCAGGAAUCAAAUCAAAAGAAGAGGAUUAUACGCUGAAGAUGAAGAGAAGCUUGCUAGCUGUUAA